AUGCAGACAUUGUGCAUACGAGAGCUGGACACAAGAGCUGCGAACUCGCUAUCCGACGACGGGCUAACAGUGCUCGAACUUACGCAAGCUCCAAUGAGAACAAUACGAGUGGCAAAAUAUAUAGAUUCUAAACUAAAUGCGAACAAUUUUGCUGUAUUGAAGGCUCGCGUCGGUCCAGUUUUAAAAACAUUGUCCAGAUUACAUCUGACCGACGCGCGCCUUAAUUUACUAUCACUAGCGGGGAAAUGUAACGCGAAUGGAGACAUAACGACUGAUCGCACUGUCGAGUCCCCCGUGCCAGCGCAAGCUGUAAUGUAUUGCGAUGUACAAGGCGGAGUACCCUCGGUUAUAAACGUCAGCCCUGAAGUAGUUUUCCGACUGACAUAUAAAAGUAUGAAGUCGGGUGACCGCUCCUCCCCUACAAAAUUGCUGUCUAGACGCUCGUUAGACGCCUGUAUGGAUGAGUACACUACGUGUACCGCGUACGGCGAGGACACGCGCUCGGGACAGACGGCGGCGCGACACGACACCAACGCUUCGAUCACCCGCAAAGCACCAACGUCGCCCGGUGGUCAAACCGCAUUUACAAAAAUACUCCUUUCAUUUAUCCAUUUUUCAUUUAUA